ACAAUUGUUUGUUUUGUUUUGGGGUUAAAAGUAGAAAUUUUUGCUAUUUUGGGGGUCGUCUGUGGCGAUCGUAAAAAUGUCUCUGGUUUAUUUACCCAGAUUAAUUUCAUUUGAAAUCAGACGAUCUGGAUUUAUUUUAGCAUCGACUCCCAAAUUUGCUAUUGUUCAGUCGGCGAGUAUCACAAGUAAGGAAUUUAGGGAUCCUAACAUUAAGAAACCAGCACCAUGGCCUUACAAAACCAAGAAAUUUACUUACUUCAAAGCAUUUUAUGAUUUAACAACGAAACGAUUUGAUGAAAAUACGAAGAUUAUUGUCGUUGAUGGAACCGUUGGAGCUGGAAAAGGUCCAUUCGCUAAACAGCUGGCUGAAGCAUUUGAUAUGCUUUACAUUCCUGAAGUAACUCUUGAGAAAACAUACAUAACAGCGUAUGGAUAUGAUUUAAGGCAGUUAAAUCCUAUAGCACCACCGUCUUACAAAAUUUGUGAUUUAGAAACAUAUCUCCGUCACCCAAACCAUCCAAAUGUUGCAAAAAUGCAGUAUAGGUGGUAUAUGAUGAAACUUGCUACAUACAUUGAUGCAUUGUCUCACAUAUUAAACACAGGGCAAGGAAUCGUGAUGGAAAGAAGUGUCUACUCAGAUUUUGUAUUUUUUGAAGCUAUGUUCAAUGCUGGCUAUUUAAGCAAACCAGUUAGGGAUUUAUACUAUGACAUCAAUAAAGUGACUUUGGAAGAAUUGAUGCAACCUCAUUUGAUUGUUUAUCUUGAUAUUAGUCCAGAAGUUGCAUUGGAAAGAAUUAAGCAGAAAAAUAAUCCUGUUGAAGUGAACUCUCCUGUUUUUACUAAAGAAUACUUUGAAACUAUUGAGUACAACUACAAACAAAAAUAUUUGAAAGAAUGUCAGAAGCAUUCUGAAAUUUUGAUUUAUGAUUGGAGUAAUUAUGGUGAUGUAGAAGUUGUAGUGGAAGAUAUUGAAAGAAUUGACUUUGAUCGAUUUCAUGAGUAUGACACACAAUUGAGAGACUGGCGUAAAUGGGAUGAUUGGACAUGGAGUCAUUAUAGACGAUAUUACUCUAAUGACAAGGAUGAUAUCCUCCGAUAUGCUAAUAUAUUCAGACCUAAAGUCACAGAAGUGUUUCAUCCUGGUGACGAAGCACUUGAAUACAGAGAGUUAUUAGAAAAGGUUCCUGGUGAGAAGUAUAAUGAAGGUUUCAAUCCAAUGGCUGGAGAUAAUGUUUGGUUUAAAACAGUUCACAAAGGGUAUUGGUAUUAUUGUUUUAACAGAAUAGGUUUCUUGCCUUAAUGCAAGAUAGAUUAUAAUGCUAAAUGUUUAAUGGAACUAGCAAUAUUGAAUGAUUCACUUAAAAGAAAAUAUUGUAUCAUGUAACAAACUGCUAAAUAAAACUUUCAAAGUGGAAUAA